UUAAUCACCUCUGGGAUUUUUUAUUUUUUGCUAAACAAACCAAAAACUGAAAAUUUUGAAAAAAAAAAAAAAAAAAAAAAAAGUUUUUUAGUUUGUUAUAAAAUUUUGUAAAGGAGUAAUUUUUCUCCUUCACUGAUGUGCGCUAAUGAGGCUGCAGUGAUGGGCACUGAUGAGGAGGCACUAAUGGGCACUGAUAUGUGGCAUUGAUGUGCACUAAUGGGCACUGACAGGUGGCACUGUGGGGC